AUGGACACGAGCGAUGCCUCUCCGCCCGCUACGCCCCCGUCUACCUCUGCUAGUACCCCUCGCUUAGCCGUCGGGCCAAUGGCAUCACGAGCGCUAUCAUCUGCUGCACCUGUUGACUCCAAUUUGGCUGCCAAUGGCCUUGAGGAGAGCGAAGACGACAGCAACAACGACGACCAUAGAGGCCGCAAGCGGCGUCGACUUCGACGUCGUGACGCGCCGUCGUCGCCUCGUUCGAGUCGGCUCGCGACCGGUGAAUUUCAAGACAGUCAGGUUGUUACUGACGGCUUUGAGGCGCGGGACGAGGCACGAGCGCACGAUGACGACGAGGAGGAGGACGAUAGUAAUGGGGUACGGGUGGAGGAGGACGAAGAGGAGCUCGAAGACGAAAUUGUGGACGAGCUGGACAUUGAAGAGCGAGAACGGGCGUACUUUAGUGAAGACGAUCCCAACGACGAGGAGGAUGGCGAAGAUUUGGUUGAGAAUGCAGAGCUGGACUACCGGCGCAUGGACACGCUGGAUCGAUAUGACACGAGUAUGCUGGAUACGAGACAAUAUGGCGAGAUGGAUAUCGAUACAAGAAGAGCAGUAGAAGACGAGCUGAAUAGACGGGACGCGCGGGAAGGACGCAUUGCACAGGUGUUUGCAGACGACCAGGAGAUGGAGCAUGAUGAUGCUCACAGACGACGAGUGCGACGUUUGACCGAAGGAGAAGACGGAUACGACGAGAUGGGUGGCGUAGCAGAUGACGAAGAGCUGAUGAAUUUGGAACACUUUGACGUGCCGCUAAGGGAGUGGAUAGCCACGGAACGACCGCGGGGAGAAAUCAAGCGGCGGUUUCGGAAUUUUCUCAACACGUUUGCAGACGGCAAAGGCAGGUUAGUUUAUCAUGAAAAGAUUGUGCAACUUGCGCAGCGCAACGAACAGUCGCUGGAGAUCGAGAUUGGCGAUGUUAUCCAGAGCAUGUCAAUGGUUGCAGCGUGGCUGGUCGAAGCUCCGAAGGAUAUGUUAGUGAUACUGGAUGAGGUUGCUCUAGAGGUCGUGCUGGCGUUGUUUCCGUACUACUCUACGAUCCACCAGCAGAUUUAUGUGCGCAUCCUGGAUCUCCCUGGUACUGAGCGACUGCGAGACUUGCGGACGGCACACUUGAACUUCCUCAUCAAGGUAUCAGGUGUUGUGACUCGACGCACGUCGGUGUUUCCGCAGCUGCAGCUCGUCAAAGUCAAUUGUCCUGGCUGUGGCGCCGUCCUAGGCCCAUUCACGCAACAGGGUCAGCAGGAAGUGAAGUUGAAUGCUUGUCCGGAGUGCCAGUACCGAGGCCACUUUCCCGUGAACAGUGAGCAGACAGUGUAUCGCAACUUUCAGAAAAUCACGCUGCAAGAGUCGCCGGGCAGCGUGCCACCUGGUCGUGUACCACGUUCGAAAGACGUGGUUCUAGUCGGUGAUCUUAUCGACAAGGCUCGGCCAGGUGAUGAGAUCGCUGUUACUGGAAUAUAUGUCAACACGCCCGACCCUACCUUAAACCUGAGGGACGGAUUUCCCGUAUUCCGCACUGUGAUCGAAGCAAACCAUGUCGAGCGGCGCGCUGAUGUGCUGGGCAGCCAGUUGCUCACAGCAGAAGACAAGAAGCAGAUCUUACGUCUUGGAAAACAACCCGAUAUUGCACAGCGAAUCAUCAACAGUAUUGCGCCGUCCAUUUACGGGCACCAGCAAGUGAAGACAGCGUUAGCUUUGGCGUUGUUUGGUGGAAAGCCCAAAUUCAUCAAGAACUCACGCGUGCGCGGCGACCUGAACGUGCUGAUGGUAGGAGAUCCUGGCACGGCAAAAUCGCAGUUUCUUAAAUUUGCGAAGCAAACUGCACCGCGUGCCGUGUACUCCACAGGCAAAGGUGCCUCCGCAGUGGGUUUAACGGCCGGUGUGUCGCGUGACCCUUUUACCAAGGAGUGGGUUCUACAAGGUGGCGCUUUGGUGUUGGCAGACAAGGGCGUAUGUCUGAUCGACGAGUUUGACAAGAUGAAUGAACAGGAUCGUACGAGCAUUCACGAAGCUAUGGAGCAGCAAAGUAUAUCGGUGUCAAAGGCCGGCAUUGUCACGUCGCUGCAGGCCCGAUGCUCUGUUAUAGCUGCUGCCAACCCUAUCGGCGGCCGUUACAACGCUGCUCGAACCUUCGCAGAGAACGUGGAGCUCACGGAUCCGAUCCUGCAGCGCUUUGACCUGCUUUGCGUUUUGCAAGACAAGGUCGACCCCGUUGAUGACGAGCGACUUGCCGAUUUUGUAGUCUCCAGUCACAUGCGUAGCAAUCCGAAUACAAAAGCUAACGAAGAACAAGCAAAAGGAGCUAACGACGAAGACGAAUUGAGCGCGAUGACGCAGUCUUUGCAAUUCGGCGACGACAAUGCGAGCAUGACGCUCGACCAAGAGCUGUUACGCAAGUACAUUUUGUACGCGCGCACUUUUGUUAAUCCUGUGCUCGCUAGUGGACUGGACACGGGCAAAGUGGAGGCAUUUUACGUACAGCUCCGGAGAGCGUCGCAGCACACAGGUGCGGUGCCUGUUGCUGUUCGUCACUUGGAGUCACUGUUCCGCAUGGCCGAAGCGCAUGCCCGAAUGCAUCUUCGCGAUAGUGUGGGAGACGAAGACCUUGCGCUGGCAAUUCGGGUGUUGACUGAGAGCUUGUGCGACGCUCAAAAGUUCACCUUUAGACGUCAAUGGCGACGUCUGUUUCGGCCGUACCUGACGUACCGACAGGACAACAACGUGCUCCUGCUCCACGUGCUUCACGAAUUGUUCAAGUCGGCGCAUGCGUAUGAGCAACUGCGCAUGCAGACGAAAGCACAAGCGAGCCAUCGCAGCCACAAAGAGACGACGCUUACCGUCCUGCGUGACGAUCUACUUUCAAAAGCUAAGUCUGUCGGUAUCUACGAUCUCAGUGAGUUUUACGAGUCGGCGGCGUUCACUAAGGCAGGCUUCCGCAUCGAUGAGUCAGCCAACACCAUUGUCAAGGACAUCUGA